AUGGCUCCCAGUGCUAUAUCUGGGAAUCCUGGCCCCGGACACAGUCCUGAGCCCGCCCGUCCUGUUAAUGGCACCGAUGGUUGGAGCUCCAUGCCAUCGGGGAAUGGGAUCACCCCACUGCUCCGCUCUCCAGUGAAUUUGGGUUCCGCGGCACUCGAUGAAGUCCACGACCUGGUCGGUGUUGGCUUCGGACCAGCCUCUCUGGCCAUCGCCGUUGCCCUCAACGACUCGCUACAGGCCCAAGCGGACCUCGGACACGAAGUCGACCGUCCCAAAGUUCGUUUCCUUGAGCGACAAAGCACGUUCAAAUGGCAUGCAGGCAUGUUGCUGCCCGGGGCAAAGAUGCAGAUCUCCUUCAUCAAGGAUCUCGCGACUCUCCGAGAUCCGUGCAGCCAUUUCACCUUUUUGAAUUAUCUGAAAGAACACGACCGCCUUGUCCAGUUUUCGAAUCUUUGUACAUUCUUGCCGUCCCGACUGGAGUUCGACGACUAUCUCCAAUGGGCAGCGGCCCACUUUGACAACGUGGUGGAAUAUGGUCAGGAGGUCGAGUCGGUACGCCCGCGAAAAUUGGGCGGAACAGAGAAAUAUGAUUGUUUCGAGGUUGUCUCGCGCCAUCUGUCAACCGGCAGAGCAACCACGUUCCUGAGUCGGAAUGUUGUGAUUGCGGCAGGUGGGCGGCCCGCGAGGCCCUCUAUAUUCCCGGUUUAUCAUGACCGGAUUCUGCACUCAUCGGAAUACAACACGAGGAUCGAGAGUGUUCUGCCCGACAAGGAUAGGGCGUACAAUAUAGCCGUCAUUGGCGGGGGACAGAGUGGCGCAGAGGUGUUCAAUGACCUUCAUUCUCGAUAUCCAAACUCCACGACGACGAUGAUUUUUCGGGAUACGGCUCUUCGACCAAGCGAUGAUUCGCCGUUCGUCAACGAAAUUUUCAAUCCCGAAGCGGUGGAUACCUUCUUCGCGCAACCGGAGGAUUCCCGGUCUCGCAAUUUGACGAGGAACAAGGCCACCAAUUACAGCGUCGUGAGGCUCGAGUUGAUUGAAAAGAUAUAUGAGGAUCUGUAUCUUCAAGGAAUCAAACAACCAGAUAGGAGCCGAUGGCAACAUCGGAUCCUUCCGUCAAGAGAAGUCACGGAAGUUGUCGACAAUGGUCCAAAUAAAGGGCUGGGCUUGACUUUGACAAAGUUGGACCCCUUGAGCGACAAGGCCAAGGACAUAUUGCCUGUUGAUGCUAUUGUGCUAGCUACGGGAUAUCAACGCGAUGCUCACGUCGACAUGCUCAGAGAUUGUCAGAACAUCAACGCCAACCGAGAUGGGCGUUGGGAGCCCGGACGAGAUUAUGGAUUGAAGUUGGAUCCGGCCGCCGUCGAGGACGGCGUGGGAGUUUGGCUGCAGGGGUGCAAUGAAGGAACCCAUGGAUUGUCGGACUCCCUGCUUUCGAUCCUGUCCACUCGAAGCGGAGAGCUGGUGGACUCCGUCUUUGGCAGAGACUUCCGACUCAAUGGUCACUGA